AACACAAAUAAACCUUCUUCAUUUCUCUUGUGUAUUACAGAGAGAUUGAGAGAGCAGAAGAAGGACAUAAAAAGAAGAGAAAGAGAUGGCAAGAGCUAAUAUGAUGGGCUGGGCAACGAUGCUGGUUGUGGUGAUGGCUUUGUAUGCCGGUAAAGCUGAAGGACUCUUUUGUAUCGACGAUUGUGCAAGAGAACAUGCACAAGAAAAAGGUGGGUCUAUGAGGCAAUACUUGUGGGAAUGUGGCGUCGAAUGUAAUAGCAAUUCUGGUAGGAAGUAUCCUACUUCCAGCACAGUUGAAGCUAAGGCUCUCCGCACUCGAAGUUUUGGCCCAAGCAACCGAGUUCCGCCAAUGAUUGUUCAAGACCUCCAUCAACAGUUUCCAUGUAAUUGUUAAACACCGCCAUUAAAAGUGCCCUCUGUGAUUAAUAGUGCCUCUCUUGCCGUCUCUUCUUCUUCUUUGUUGUCCUUCUUCUUCUCAUGUUUGUAUCACACUGAAAGGAAUUUCACAUUGAAUUUCGUUGUUAGUUCUAUAUAUAAUAUUAGUAUUAAUAAGAGGUUAUGAGUUGGUCUCUCUUA